AUAUGCUUCUGUCGUAAGCAGAACGGUUCACAGAGACCAAUUGACCCGAUGAUCGCAAAAUGAUAACAAAGAUCGGAAGCGUUUUGUUGACAAAGUUUCAUCCAAUCAGUGUCUUACAAAGACCCCUGUCGACAUACACGUUUAAAGAUGGAAUUGGCACUAUUUUGUUGGACAAUGAGAAAACGCGCAACUCACUUUCGCUGGACAUGAUGAACAGUAUUCAUAGGCAUAUCGUUAGCAAUCAGAACGACGUCGAACUGCGAUGUAUCGUUUUAGCAGCCCAAGGCCGUGUUUUUUCAGCCGGACAUAAUCUAAAAGAGUUAACCGCUGAACAUGGAGCCGAUCGCCAUAAGCAAGUGUUUCACAAAUGUUCGGAAUUGAUCGAUGCCAUCCGGUUAGCGCCGGUUCCUAUCAUUGCCAAAGUUGAUGGCUUAGCUGCCGCAGCUGGAUGUCAGCUGGUAGCGUCCUGUGAUAUGGCGGUUUGCAGUGAUAUAAGCACAUUCUCAACUCCCGGUGCCAGCUUUGGUAUAUUUUGUUCCACACCUGGAGUCGCGGUGGUGCGAGCCAUUCCUCGCAUGAGAGCAGCCUAUAUGCUAUUUACUGGGCUUCCUAUUACCGCAAACGAAGCUCUAGAAGCAGGACUUGUAAGUAAAGUAGUUCCGAAAAAUCAGCUCAACGAAGAGGUUGACAACAUUUGUAAAGCCAUAUCAUCGAAAAGUCGUGCUGUGAUUGCACUUGGUAAGACAUUUUUUUAUAAACAAAUAGCAAUGGACGUUUCUACAGCGUAUGAGCACGGUGAACAAAUAAUGGUUGAUAAUUUAGCAACAGUCGAUGGACGGGAGGGCAUCAAGAGCUUUGUUGAAAAGCGUCCGCCUCAAUGGAGCCACAAGGAAUAAAACAGUAGCUCAAAAGACCUACUCGCUGCAUUUAGCCUGGUACUCGUAUAUUAAGCCUGUACACAGCGUCCCAAUGUUUUAUACUUAGACAUGAAUAAGCAAUAAAUCUUAGUGCAAUCACUCAAGCUUGCCUGAUGAUAAACAGCAAAAUCCAA